CAUCGAAGACGAACCGAAGAAGAAGAAGUAGGCGACACGCUAGUUCGAAAUUUGUUUUCCAGCGGUACGAUGAUUUUCGAGUUAUCUUUUGGUGCGUUGGUCCUGAGAAAUAUCUGUGGUGCUUAAUUUUUCUUCGCAGUGCCAGGGUUUGUGCCCUGUUGUGAAUUUUGGUGUGUGUGUAGUUUUCGGAUUUUUUGCUGGAGUUUCGAAUCGCUCAAGAUGGUGGGCCUGAAAAUUGUGGACGACUGCCUGAACAAGUCCUUCUACAAGCUCGGUUUAGUGGUGGGGAGGCAUCCUGGUUAUUUUUUAAUAAUUCCAGUUCUAAUAACGAUACUAGGAAUGACUGGAUACCAAAGAUUGCACAACAAUAUAGACCCUGAGUAUUUAUUUAGUCCUUUAAAUGGGCAAGGGAAGUACGAGAGGGCAGUGGUGGAGAACUACUUCAAAGUCAAUUACAGCAGCAAGUUCGACGUUGCAAGGAUAACAAGGGCAGGUCGAUUUGGUCGUGUUAUCCUCACGUCAAAGGAUGGUGACAAGAAUAUGUUGCGGGUAGCAGUUUGGCAAGAACUUAGGCUGCUUGAUGAACUCAUUCAAAAUAUGACUGUGUACUUCGACGACCAGUACUUCACAUAUCAAGACAUCUGCGCCAAGUGGUUGACCGAGUGCUUCCAAAAUGACAUACUCAACUUGGACUACAUUAUGGAAGAUGUGGAAAAUAAAAUAAUAAACCUGACUUUCCCGGGCAUGAUCAACCCUGUCACGUGGGACAUCCAUGCUUUCCCGGUAUUUUUCGGCGGCACAGAACGGAAUGAGGACGGUAUCAUCACAAGCGUACCAUCCGUCCAACUAGUUUACUUUGCCAACGCUGACAGCAAGAAGGUCGAAAAGAUGGGUUCAGCUUGGGAAGAUGCGUUUUUGGAUUUGAUCGAAGAAAUACAAGAUAAAAAGAAUAUAUUCCGGCACAUCAGGAUAGCCAGAUUUGCUUCCAGAACUUUGGACCAUGAAUUAGAGAAGAACACCAAGUCCGUUAUGCCGUACUUCACUUCUACAUUCGCUAUCAUGGCGUUAUUUUCUAUAUUGACCUGUAUGAUGUUCGACUGGGUAAGAUCGAAACCAUGGUUGGGCCUUUUGGGAAACCUCAGUGCAGCUAUGGCUACCCUCUGCGCUUUUGGAUUUUGUAUGUAUGCUGGAGUUGACUUCAUUGGUAUAAAUCUGGCUGCACCGUUUCUUAUGAUUGGUAUCGGAAUCGACGACACCUUUGUGAUGUUAGCUGCUUGGAGGCGGACAUCAAUCAAGACCCCAGUUCCCGAAAGGAUGGCUCAAAUGUUGAGCGAGGCUGCUGUUUCCAUCACCAUCACCUCCGUGACAGAUUUCUUCAGUUUCUGGAUUGGAAUUUUCAGUCCGUUUCCGUCAGUGACGAUAUUCUGCAUAUACUCGGGCGCUGCUACUUGCUUCCUCUUUGUUUGGCAUUUGACAUUCUUCGCUGCGUGCGUUGCAAUUUCUGGAUACUGCGAACAGAAAAACCUUCAUUCCAUUUUUUGCUUCAAAGUGCAGCCUCUGUCAAAAUCACGCGACAGAUGUUUCCUCUACCGGUGGUUCUGUAGCGGUGGGGUGGAUCCAAAUGACAUGGAUAAUCCAGUAGACAACCAAGAACAUGGCCUCAUGGUCUUCUUCAGGGACUAUUUUGCUUCCGUUCUGAACAACGGAUGUGUUAAGGUUUUGGUGAUUCUGAUUUUUGGCGUUUACCUGCUGGGGGCGGGCUAUGGGAUCACACAGAUAGAGGAAGGCUUAGAGAGAAGAAAGGUGGCGAAAAGCGACUCUUAUGCUAUAGAAUUCUUUGACAGAGAAGAUGAUUACUACAAGGAAUUUCCCUAUAGGAUCCAGGUGGUUAUUUCAGGAGAAUAUGACUACUCCCACCGUGUGAUUCAACGGCAAGUGGAAAAUCUCACCGAAACCCUUGAGAAUACCUCUUACAUAUCCUCAAAUCGACUCUAUACAAAGUCUUGGCUAAGAGAAUUUCUGCAAUACGUCGAUCGAAAUCGAGAUUAUCUCAACAUAACUAUAGACAGCAACGAGAAGUUCAUUAACACGCUGAAAGAGCUUUACUUAGGACCAACCAGUGCGAAUUCUCUAGACGUAAAGUUUGAUGAAUCGGGCGAGAAAAUAAUAGCUAUGCGAUUUUUCAUCCAAGCCGUAAAUAUUUCUGGAACGGAACAUGAAAAGGAAAUGGUUCGAGCUCUACGGAAAAUAUGUUAUGAGUCUCCACUGAACGCUACAGUUUUCCAUCCAUAUUUCGUCUUCUUCGAUCAGUUUGAACUAGUCCGAUCUCUUUCUAUUCAAAACAUGAUCAUCGGAGCAGGUAUAAUGAUGUUGGUCUCUUUCAUCUUCAUCCCCAACAUGCUCUGCGCCAUCUGGGUAGCCUUCAGCAUAAUUUCCAUCGAAGCCGGAGUUGUUGGCUACAUGGCUUUAUGGGGAGUAAACCUCGAUUCUAUUUCCAUGAUAAACCUCAUAAUGUGCAUAGGGUUUAGCGUGGACUUUACCGCUCAUAUUUGUUACGCUUACAUGUCAUCGUCAGCGAAAACACCAGACGAAAGAGUGAAGGAAUCUCUUUACGCUCUAGGCUUGCCGAUAUUCCAGGGAUCCGUCAGUACAAUCCUAGGAAUGAUUGCUUUGCUCCUAGCAAACAACUACAUCUUUUCAGUGUUCUUCAAAAUGGUGUUCCUAGUUGUAUUCUGUGGUGCUAUGCAUGGCCUCUUCUUGCUCCCAGUACUUUUGUCUCUGUUUGGACCGGGUUCUUGUACUUCUCCUUCAGAUGCUGAAGACAUCAAGCUGUCCAACAUUGAAAAAUCUCUGCCCCAUCCGUACUGCAUACCUCAUCCUCACUUUACGUUGAACGGCAGCAACUUGGGAGCAAUGAAAGACGCUAACAUUCCUAGUCCGAUUGAAAGAUAUAGUAAAAAGCCGUUUAAAAAUUUUGGAGACGUGGACAAAGAUUUGGGCUUAGGAACUUCAGAAGAGAAUUCCAGUGAAUCCUCGAUACAAUCUCAGAAAAAGGUUGUCCCGGAUGACACGGUGAUAGACCGGAGAUAUCGCGAAGCUUGGAGAAGAAAUUCGGACGUGACUUUGAACCAGUUCCACACUCCACAAGUUUUGGAUAUUUUUGGAAACGAUUCCGAUGCGGAUUACUACAGACAUAGAGCCAUGAUUGAUGACACAAGGGCUUACAGUAUGAACAGGCCGGAAGUCAGAUCAAGAUAUAACGAACCGAAUAGAAGGUACUCGCCACCAGAGGGGAAGUACUACCCUAAUAAUAGCAACAGCUUAGCUAGAUCUAGUUCUUAUCAUAAUAUAGUGCAUCCACGGUUUUUAAAAGAGUCUAGGUUUCCCUGAAAUAGGUUUAUUUUUAGGUUGUAAUUUAUUUCAGAGGUGUUUCAACUCUUACAUGAUUUAUUCAAGGAAAGGACGAUUUCUCGUGUAUUAGUUGAAAUGCCUGUCUGAGACUUGGUACAUAUUUUGUGCGUAAACGCGAACUUCUUUUAUAGCAGCGAUUAUUGUUUACGUUUACAUUUGCUAGCGGAAAAAACAAGCUUUCAAUUCAAAAACGUUUGUGCCCAAGCAAUAUUGCUGUGAUAAAACGGAAGAAAAUGUACCAGUCUGACUGAUAAAAUAGCAAUAUUAACUGUUAAGAUGCGCUCUAAUCAAAUUGUGAAAUUAGUCAGUGAACAUUUGUUAUCAUUUAAGGUGUUUUGUAGUGACGAGGAACCACUGACAAUUUGCAAAGAAACAUAUUGCUCAAACAAUAGGUAUUUAUACAAAUAAUAUAAGUUUGUACAGUAAGUGAUCGUAAUUUUGUAUAAUAUUUUUGCAUUGAUAGAAUAAAAGUAUUUUGUAGAAAAU